UCAUCAUACCCACCUUCCCUGCUCGUUUACUCUCUCUCUCUCUCUCUCUCUCCCUCCCUCUCCCUCCUUCGAAGCAAAGCGUCGGAAACCUGCGACAGCGAGUGAGCAGAACACGAAAAACCCCGUUCAAACUCAAAUGGACGACUACACGAGGGAGAUGAUGGACCUCAAGACCCUCGUCACUCGGACCCUUGAGAAGAAGGGCGUCCUCGCCAAGAUCCGGGCUGAACUCAGAGCAAGUGUUUUUGAGGCAAUUGAAGAGGAGGAUCGUGUAAUUGAAAAGGAAGAAGGUUUGCCUCCUGCAUUACUAGGUAGCUGCAACGAUCGUGCAAAACAACUUCAUGCUUCUCCCUCAGGAAGGCUACUUUCUGCUCUUAUAUGCGAGUACUUGGACUGGGCCCAACUAAAUCAUACACUAAAAGUAUAUUUGCCUGAGUGUAAUUUGCAAAAGGAUUCCUGGAAAACGGAAUUGAAAGAAUUUAGUAGCAAGAAUGGAUAUGAUCUCAACAGAAAUGGUGAUAGUGGUCCUUUGCUUUUAGAUGUGCUUGAAGGAUUCUUGAAGUUUGAGAAUCUAUCCCAAGCAAGGGGUACAGGAAGAAGAUUAACUGCUCCCGAAGCUGAAUCCUUAUCCAAUUUAGAGUCCAGGAGCACUCGGAGGCCUUCCUCAUCAUCUGUUGCUGGGGGCCUACCCCCACUGGGAAGGCAUGUUCCUGCUUCCCAGGCAUCUGAUCGUAGAGGGGGGUCCUCGAUGUCUGGAUACAGGAAGGAUGACUAUAAUUGGAGAUAUGACAGUGACGAGCUCCCAGAGGAUGUAAUUCGAGCAUCAGCUGCCUUGGAGAACCUUCAGCUGGAUAGAAAAGCUCGAAAUCUGACUACAUCUUGGCGGCAUGCUGGGGAUGGAAUCAGUGAGGAUGAUGGCCGGGCUGACCAUAUGUAGCCGAAUGACAUCCUUUGUAUGACUGCAGGUGAACGUUAAUGGAUUUUUAUUUUUUCAACCUUCAAUGAAGACCAUCAAAUGAGGGUUGUGAUAUCAUGUAAACUGAAGUGUCUCGGGAUGUGAUUCAGUGCUUUGAUUGAGUUUUAUUGUAUUUUAUCUUUUUAUUUUCUGUUGGUAUGUAAAAUUCAUGUUAGUGAUGUUGUGGGAAUUUAACUAUCAAAAAGGGAACAGCUAGUGACUAUCUGGGAAAACUGGCCUGAAGGCAGAAAGCCUUCCUUUUGGUUAGAACAUGCAUCUCAAGUUCGGGCUUGUGCGUGUUUUCGCCGAGAAAAACUGUAUUAGAACAGUGGUAACGAAGAAAUAGAUUGGUUUGGAUUA